GAGUGCGGACGGCGGCAGGGACGGUCGGGGGCGCUGCUCGGCAGGUUGCCUACUCACACCAAAAGACGGCGACGUAGUCCUUGUCGAGCAGAAUCUUCUCGAGCUGCUUGGCGGUGACCUCUUCGAUCUUGGAGGCUUCGGCCGCUUUGGUCUGCGUGGCCGCCGCCGCCGGUUUGGCCUCGGCGGCCGCCUUUUUGGCCAAGGUCACCUGCGGGCCGAACACCACGGCCAGCAGCACGCACAGCGAGGCUGCGAGCCACAAACGCCUCAUCCCGCCCGAAAGAUGCAGGCCCGCCCGUGCUCAAGUCCCGCGAAGAAGUGCGCUCCGCACCGCGACCGCCGCGCACCGUCCCGGACGCCCUCCUCGGCCCACCACUCGCCGCUCGCCCGCGCCCCUCUCGGCCUGCUGGACCGGAAAGCAUUUUGCAUCUCGGCGUUCACUCCUUUGUCUCAAAGCUCAAAUCGAAUCGCGCGUUCCGCACUCAAUUUCGUUUCACGCAGUUUAAAUAAAACUCUACGUCUGAUCUCUUCUCUUUGAAUCUCAAUUUGGCAUGCCUUUAGCUCGUCACCAUUGAAUAUUUCAAAGGGGAAAAAGAAAUAAGUAGUCCAGCCUCCAUGCAGCUCAUAAUAUAUAAUAGACCCUACAGAACAGUAAGGAAUUAUUGGACGAUCUGAAUUGUUAUUUUAUUCAUUGUGCACUCACAUCUACUGCAUUAAUUAAAACCAGAAAACAACAUUAAUAAGUAAAUAAAUAAAUAUGAAAAUUAGGCCUAAUUUAUCAACCCAAAACUCGCCGUGCCAGAAGAUUUCUUUUUAAAAAGCAUUAGCAUAAUUUGUUUUUGGUGUGAUGUUUUUCCAGCAAUUUAUUUUUAUCAUAACAAUUUUAUUAUUUCAAAAAGAAAAGAAAGAUUAGUGUUCAAAAUUACCGUUUGAGGAGUAAAGAAUAAAAUUAACAAAAUUACAUCAAAUUAAUUCAGUCCAGGAUUAUAAGCAGACAUCAAUAAAUUUGUCCUGCACACUCCAAAACAAGUGCACCGUCCACUAGAGUCAUUAUUUAAUUAGAAAAUUUUUGCUUUUAAGUACGCCUUACUCAGUCGCAGAAACUGUGCCGCUAAACAUUACUUCAAUGCGGGUGGCCCAUGAAAGAGAAAGAAAAGUACGUAAUUAUGGGCUUCAAAAAUUCCUCUAUCUCAAUUUCUCAACAAGUUCAAAAUAUGAGUAAAGGAAACUUCUAAUUGUGAGCAAAAAUACUAUUUUCAGCACCGUUAAAUUAUUUUGAUGUAAAUAAUAACAACACUUAUUACACAGAUUAAAACAAUUGCGGAAAAAUUGCAAAAACUGCCCAAAACUAAUCCAUAAUUUUAAAAGAAUUUAAUUGAAAAAUUCUAGUCAUUUCACUUACAUCCUCAUGCAAUCAAGUAAAGUGAAUUUCACUAACAAGCUAAAUUUUUCUUAUGAAAACAGGACAAGUAUUGCGUCCUUAAUUUGAUUAAAAAAAUUUGCCGCAUUUCUAUAGAAAAAUUUAUGAUAAAUAAUUCUCAAAAGAAUUAACGGAACCAUGAGGAUAUUCGGAAGGUCAGUGUUUUCUCCUUUCAUUAGAAAAAAACGUGCCCGAGACUCUCACGUCACGAAACGUAGGAAAAUGUUUCGACGUAAUAGAAAAGGUGUCAACUUCCUUGUGAUUUAUCUGAAAGAGUUUGGUCUCCGGCUUGUUCAGAACAAAGGCGCAGAGGGAUGAAGGUCAGAUGGAGAGAUACGUGAUAUGUAAAUCUGGAGAGUCAGUGACUCCCAUUGGUGCUACAAGUGUUGCUAGGUGUUCAACAAGUGCAUCUAUGCAUCUUUUCUCCGGCACACUUACGGACCGACCGCCGGACAGAAAGGAUGCUGCUCCAAGUGGUUGCGUGCGCCCUCAUCCUUUUCUGCUCCUUCGCCGUUUGGGGCACUAUUAAGCCAAAAGGGUUCCCACCAGGGCCCUGCUGGUGUCCGUUUGUCGGUUGCUACCCGCAGUUUUUAUUUUUACACCGAAUUCUGGGCUACUGCCACCUCGUUUGGGCCAAAUGGGCCGAGCAGUACGGACCACUUGUUGGUUUGAAGCUAGGCAAGGACCGCAUUGUCGUGGUCAGUGGCUAUCAAGCGGUCAAACACGUUUUCUCUCGGGACGACUGCGACGGCCGGCCCGACGGAUUUUUCUUCAGGAUGCGAACAUUUGACCAAAGACUAGGUUUGGUUUUUGUCGACGGCGAGCACUGGAGCAAGCAGCGCAAAUUCACGACGCGCCACUUGCGCAAUUUGGGUCUCAGCGUGAAUUCCAUGGAGCACAUUAUCUUGCAAGAAGUCGAGGCGCUCGUUCACGACCUAAGCGACAAAUGUUCGCACAACGAGGAUUUGGAAAUCGAGCUGCACAAUUUGUGCGACAUCAGCAUUUUGAACAGUCUGUGGGCAGUGGUGGCUGGCAAUCGGUUCGAGUUGGACGACCCCAGGCUGAUCCAAAUGUUCAAGCUGCAGCACGCCUCGUUCAGAGCACUCGACAUGUCCGGCGGGUUGAUCAAUCAGAUGCCUUUUCUGCGCCACCUGAUGCCCGGACGCACUGGCUACAACGACCACAUUGCCACCCUCGCUGCCACUUACAGCUUUCUCAGAGAAACACUGCAGGAUCACAAGCGAACCCACAUGCAGGGGAAUCAUCACGACCUGAUCGACGCUUACUUGGAUGAAAUAAACUCGGAGAAAGACACAGAUUUUAAUGACCUUCAGCUUUUGGCUCUCAGCAUGGACUUGUUCAUGGCCGGUUCAGAGACAACGAGCAACACAAUAGGAUUCAUUUUCCUUUAUUUUCUGAUAAAUCCAGAAAUGCAAAAAAGAGUGCAAGCCGAAAUCGACUCGGUCAUUGGCAGGGGGCGCCUGCCAAAACUUUCCGAUCGGCCAAAAAUGCUCUACUUGGAGGCGCUCAUUAUGGAGGUGCAGAGAUUUCUCAGUGUUGCUCCAAUCGCCGUUCCUCACCGGACGACACAAGAUUGUGAAAUUCUCGGCUACAAUAUACCAAAGGACACCACUGUUCUGAUGAGCAUUUGGAGCGUUCACAUGGACCCUGAGCAUUGGAAAGAUCCUGAAAAUUUUCGCCCCGAAAGAUUUUUAAAUGAAGAUCAAAGCGCAAUCAUCAAAGACGAAUGGUUUAUUCCUUUUGGGCUUGGAAAGCGGCGGUGCAUUGGAGAAGUUCAAGCGAGAAACAGUUUGUUCCUCUUUCUGGCCGGAUUGCUGCAACGAUUCACUUUUUCUGCUACUGCAGAGGGAGUGCAGAAUUUGAAACACUACGACGGCGUCACCCUUUCACCCAAACCGUACAAAGGCAUUGUAAAGCGACGGUGAAUGUUUUUUUGGAAAAAAUAAAAUUUAUUGUUUUA